AUGGCGUCCGUCGCCGCUUGGCUGCCCUUCGCUCGAGCAGCCGCCAUCGGAUGGGUUCCCAUAGCCACACACCCACUACCGCCACCCCCAGUCCCCAAGGACCGGCGCCGCGCCGAAGACGAGAAGCUCCUCAUCAACGUCUCUGGACGACGCUUUGAGACAUGGCGGAACACCCUCGAGAAAUAUCCCGACUCACUCCUCGGCUCCACCGAGAGGGAAUUCUUCUACGACGAGGACAGCAGAGAGUAUUUCUUCGACAGAGAUCCAGACAUAUUCCGCCACAUACUAAACUACUACAGGACUGGCAAGUUGCACUAUCCCAAACACGAGUGUCUGACGGGCUACGACGAGGAGCUGGCUUUCUUUGGGAUCCUCCCUGAUGUGAUUGGGGACUGUUGUUAUGAGGACUACCGUGACAGGAAACGUGAGAAUGCUGAAAGGUUGAUGGACGAUAAGUUAAGUGAGGCGGGAGAUCAGAGCCUGCCUCAACUGACAGACUUGCGGCAGAAGAUGUGGCGCGCGUUCGAGAACCCCCACACUUCGACUGCUGCUCUGGUAUUUUACUAUGUGACUGGGUUCUUCAUCGCAGUAUCGGUGAUGGCGAACGUAGUUGAGACAGUGCCGUGCGGCCACCGGCCCGGCCGCGCUGGGACCCUGCCGUGUGGCGAGCGAUACAAAAUCGUGUUCUUCUGCUUAGACACAGCGUGUGUGAUGAUAUUUACUGCGGAGUACCUGCUCCGACUCUUCGCAGCGCCGGACCGCUGCAAGUUCGUGCGAUCCGUGAUGUCGAUCAUAGACGUGGUUGCCAUCCUGCCGUACUACAUCGGGCUCGGGAUCACCGACAAUGAUGACGUCUCCGGCGCCUUCGUGACCCUGAGAGUGUUCAGAGUGUUCCGUAUCUUCAAGUUCUCCAGGCACUCUCAGGGAUUACGGAUCCUGGGGUACACAUUGAAGUCGUGCGCCAGUGAGCUGGGUUUCCUGGUGUUUUCGUUAGCGAUGGCGAUCAUCAUCUUCGCCACAGUGAUGUUCUAUGCUGAGAAGAACGAGCAAGAUACUAAUUUCACAUCCAUUCCGGCUGCCUUCUGGUACACCAUUGUGACGAUGACAACGCUGGGAGCUGUAUUGUUGGGAUUUAGGGAGCAAACGUUGUGUUAG